AUGCGUCAGAAGACAAAGGAGGCCGCAGCGAAUGUGCCAAUUCACCCCAUUCCUGCCAUGCAGCCUGCCUUUGCCGAGUCGCUCAUGGAAGCGACCAACAAUGGCGGCGAGAAGAAACCAAAGCUGAGGUUUGGCGACGCCAAACAACGCCGGGCGCAGCUCCUGGAUAGUCCUAAGGGUGCCGGACUAUACGCCGAUGUAUGGAGAUAUCGUCCGGGACAGAAGCACCACGAGCUUUGGAAACUUCUUGCUCAGGUUUCCUUUGGUGUGUAUCUGCUGCUGAACGGGAUCGCCAAUAGUAAUGAGCAGGUUGUCGACAUUCUUCAGCAUCACAUUGACGAAGUAGACGAGUUCUUGGAGACGACGUUAGAGGAUGUGAAAAUAGCCAUGGACGAUGUGAAGGAGAGGAUCGAAUUUCUCAAGCUACCGAUGGAGAAUAUGCAGACAUUUGAGGAGAUGUUAGAAGACCGCGACUUUCGGCUGCAGAUUGUGACCGGGAAUGAGAAGAUUGAACAUAUCAUUGAGCGGUCGACACUAGCUCUCGAGGCGACGUUUAAAGAUGCGGAUGAGGGACUUAAGGUUGUUAAAGAAUUCGCCGUUUACUUGGACAACCAAAAAGACAAGCCCUGGCGUCAACAGCGACCGGAAUUUGGCGAUAUCUACGAUGCUAUGAAGGGCAAUGCGCAAGGGUGGUAUCACGCAUUGAUGGACAUACAAGACAGUUCGUCAUCACUCGAUACUAUUCUCAUAAGUCUUAGCCAGAUUGUGGCAGAGAUGGACCAGAAAGCUGGGGAGGUGAGCCGUAGGACAAGGUUUUCAGUAGCCCCCUUCUCUGGGCCCGCUGAACCAGCACGCUCUAACACACAUUCAGGAGAGCCGUCUCUUCGCUCGUUCCCAAGGCGGCAGUCACCACCCCAGUCGCCUCCCACGACUGUAUCACAAACUCCUGAACCCCGUUCUCCGGCCGAAAAGGAGGUCGCAUUCUUCGAGGAGAAAGAGGUUGCCUUUGUGCAUCCGUCAAGUACUGUGACUGAUAAUGUGGUACCAGAGCUCAAGGUACCCAAUGAGGAAGUCUAUCUCCUUCAGCCACGCACGUACACUCCUCAGCCACCAGAGCCUCUCCCAUCCCCUAUGGUGAAGAGUCCAGCGGCAUCUCAAUCUUCUGCGUCCCAAAACCCUGGGGCCCAAGGGACAGGCACACCGAAGCGGACUUCGUUGCGGCAAAGGGUAUCAUUAAAAGGCGGCAAUCUACCUGAAGUUAUUCACGUCCCACCACGGAAUUUGAGUGAAAUGGAGUCUCCCGGUCUCUCCUCCCACACGUACCAACCAUCCCCAUUUGCUCAUAGGACGCGUGAGUCUGAAUACGUUUCUGGGCUUGAGGUACAACCGUCACACAACGCACACCUUGACCCUCGAGGCAGCAUGCCAAUACCCAGUUUUGCAAAUACCAUACCAUCACCACGCUCCGAUCAACAGCAGUAUUUCUACCCUGUUCGAGCUAGCCCCCACUCGCCAUUGCAGCAACGGCCGCAUACAUCCGCAACAGCCCGCCCACACACGUCCCAUGCGGGGCAUAUACGGGAACAACGGUCAGCGAUGGGCAUGAGCAUGCUGAGCACGGUCACAAAUGCCGAAGGGCAGAAUGGGCAAAAAUUAAAGAAAAAGAAGAGCGCGUUUGGUUGGUUGAAGAAGGCUUUCACACUAGAUGAAGAGGAGAGGGAAGAGUUUCGGGCAAGGAAGCAACAGCAGACGGUUAAUCCUUAUUAUGAAGCUCGUAGCCCCAAGUUUCUCGAUGGAAAACGCCUACCCGAUACUAGGCGCGUAAAUCCGUCCAAUCGCUCAGUAGGUUCUCGCAUUUGA